AUAGCCGCCCAGAAUUUCAACACAAACAAACAUGGCAUCAUCAUCAAGAGCCACCGCCAACUCCCACAGACCCGCCACCGCCCACGCCAACGGGCCCACCGCAAACGGCGACCACCACAGGCCCACCGCAAACGGCGACCACCACAGGCCGUCAAACCACAGCCACAGCAGGGGCAGCGGCAACGGGCACCAGCACUACUACCCCCAACGACGCCGUAUCGGUCGUCGUCCUCGUCGGCUUCGUUCAGAGGCUGCUGCUGCUGCCUCUUCCUGCUCUUCUCCCUCCUGGCGCUCCUGGUCCUGGCCGUCGUGCUCGUGAUAAUCCUGGCCGUGAAACCCAAGAAGCCGCAGUUCGAUCUCCAACAAGUAGGAGUCCAGUACAUGGGCAUCAACUCGCCCAAUCCCACCACCGACCCGAACCCGGCCUCCUCCGCCUCUCUCUCCCUCAGCAUUCGCCUGCUCUUCUCCGCCGAGAACCCCAACAAGGUCGGAAUCAAGUACGGCGAGUCCAGGUUCACUGUCAUGUACCGCGGCAUCCCUUUGGGCAAGGCCUCCGUCCCCGGCUUCUUCCAGCAGGCCCACAGCGUCAGGCAGGUCGUCGCCACCAUCGCCGUCGAUCGCGCCAAUCUCAUUCAGGCCGACGCCGCCGACUUAAUCCGCGACGCCUCCCUCAACGACCGGGUCGAGCUCCGGGUCUUGGGUGACGUCGGCGCCAAGAUCCGCGUCUUGAACAUCGAUUCCCCUGGCGUUCAGGUUUCUGUGGAUUGUGCAAUCGUUAUAAGUCCAAGGAAGCAGUCUCUUACUUACAAGCAGUGUGGAUUUGAUGGAUUGAGUGUUUAGCACUCAUUCACCUAACAGUAACAAGUCCUCACUCUCUGGGUUUUUUUUUUUCGUUCUUUUAAUUUGGACUCUUCAAAUUGGGAAGAGAAAUGAAAAGGUAAAAAAGCAGGGGGGGGUAAAACACAAACAAAUCCCCCGAGUGAAUGGAGAGGUAGUAGUUUUAACAGCAAAGAGGAAAAGGAAGGAGAAGAAGAUUCACAAAUCUAGGAAUUCCAAAAUCCUUACUCCCAA